CAUAAUUACUAGUAAAACUAAAACCCACCCAAAACCACUUCCAUUGCCCUACGAAACCCUCUCCACAUUUCCUCUCCUUCCCCUUUCUCUCUCUCUCCCUCUCUCUUUCUCUCUCUCUAUGGGCAAAGAUGAGAUGACCCUCCCGUUCAAACGGCACUCCCUCAAAAACGCCGUUACGCCAAACCCCGUUAAGUCACGUGCUUGCUCUGAGGCUUAGACCUUUCCCCUCAGAGAAACUAUCUCAAAAGCCCCUACUGGUGUCGUGCGUAUGGCGCAUGAGCAGUUAAGCCCACCAGCACCAGCACUAGCACUAGCAGCACCGGUGCCCGUCGAUGCACACCCAAACGCCACUCCGCCUCGCACGAACGGCCUCGAUGUUGCCGAUGACGCCAACAGACCGCCGAGGCUCCCUCGGUGGACGCGCCAGGAGAUACUGGUCCUCAUUCAAGGCAAGAAGGUGGCGGAGAACCGGGUUCGCAGGGGUCGAACCGCUGGUUCGGCGUUCGGGUCUAACAUCUUGGAGCCCAAGUGGGCUUCCGUCUCUUCCUACUGCAAACGGCACGGCGUGAACCGAGGACCUGUUCAGUGCCGGAAACGAUGGAGCAAUCUUGCCGGAGAUUACAAGAAGAUCAAGGAGUGGGAAUCGCUGAUAAAAGAAGAAUCCGAAUCGUUCUGGGUCAUGCGGAACGAUCUCAGGAGAGAGAGAAAAUUGCCCGGUUUCUUUGAUAGGGAGGUUUACGAUAUCUUGGACGGAGGGAGUGCGACUGCCACGUCGGCCUCUCCAGUAACGGCGAUUGCCAAUUUAAAGGACAGUGAAGACUUGGUGGCAGUGGCGGAUGUGGAAGCGGAGGAGGAGGAAGCUGUGUUCGACAGCGGUCGGAGCGCUGCGGCGGAAGAUGGGGUCUUCUCAGAUUUUGAGCAGCCGGGGCCAGAGGAGGCCGGUGGGAGCCCCACGAAGACUCUCCCGGCUCCGUUGCCUAUUUCUGAGAAGCAGUCCCAACCAUUUUUCAAAAGAGAUUUAAAUCAAGGAACAACAAAUGAAAAGCAGCCUACCGUGAAUCCUGAGAAAGGGUCUACAUCUCAAGAGGAGGGACGGAAGCGGAGGCGGUUGUCGUCAGAUAUCGGCAGUGAAGCCACUCUACAGGACCAUCUGGUCAAAGUUCUGGAGAGGAACAGUGGAAUGCUUGCGGCACAACUUGAAUCUCAGAAUGUCAAUUGCCAAUUGGAUAGGGACCAGCGGAAGGACCAUGCUGAUAGUUUAGUUGCUGUUCUUAGCAAACUUGCCGAUGCUUUAGGAAAGAUUGCUGAUAAGUUGUAGUGAAGAGCUAUAGGAUGUGAUGUACAUAAGACAGGCACUCUCCCCUGGGCUCCGUGGGUUAUAGUGUAGGCUGAGGAUUUGGAGGAUUGCCAUCAAGAUUCAUCCCAGACCAGCAUUCAAAUUGGCUUUUUCAUAAGGUAUCAUUGUAAAAUUCCUUACAGUAUAGACCCUCCCCCUUCUUCUAUUUGGCUUCUUAAUCGCCUUUGUGGCCGACUGGCACUACAGGAUUUCAUACAGAAAUAAUUAAGCACAGGAAUUUGUGUAGGGGAUUAUAGCAGGCCUUUCUUUUAUACAUGUUAGGAGAUUUAUGGAGUCUUGUAAUAUGUGAUUGUAUAUCUGAUUGAUUACAAGAAGUCUGUCUUGCACAUAUCGGUCAUUCAUUCACCUUAACUAUAUUUUGUUAAAAUGAUAUUGAACAAUAUGCAGUUCAUCAGUUCAUACCA